AUGGCUGCUUCAGUCGUGGCGGACGAGGAGAUUCUGGGAGAGGGGCCUGAUGUUGGAGACCUCCCGUGCUUCCAGUGCGGUCUCUGCGAGAUGGACAUUGCGCACGCAGACACGAGCCAGAAGGAUUGGAAAGGCAUGUGUCUCCACGGGCGUUGUUUCAAUGCGAUACGGGCCCACGACCGCUACCUGGAGGGAGCGCCGAAGCACGUGGUUGAUAAAAUGAACCAGGACUUCGAGCUCGACCGUCCCGCUUGGCAAGAACGCAUCCGUCCUUGGAUCGACCCUGCCAAGGUCGCGAGGGACAGCGCCAGGGAGGUGACCAAGAGGUUCUUCACCGUGACGGAGACGAAAUCGAAAGAGACUCAGAAGGGGAUCGAUGACGACAUUAUCGUCUCUCGGACGGAGUUCAUGGCGUUCGAGGGGUUCUGGCACAGGAAGACAGAUGAGGAGAGCACGCUUGAAUUUGAACGGAUUCACGCAGAGCAGAAGGGCAAGUACGACGUGACGUGGGUGGAAGACGGUGAGGUGAAAGUGCUGCAGAAGAUAGCUACGAAGGACAUCGGCCGCAUCAGGACGUCCAAAGGCGAGUCCAAGUCCAAUUGCAGCAUGCAGGUGGAGAUGGAGACGUCUGCGUUCGAUGCGGAGGUGAAGCGCAGGCGCCUCAUGGCCAAGUCGUCGGUUUCUGCUUCGUCCUGCGAUGGUCGAAUGCCGCCGUCGCAUGUUCCGACCAACGCCCGCUCAGCCGAGCACUACCUGACCUUCGGCGACGGCCGCUCCAGGGCCGACAGCGUGGGCACCUUGGACGCCUCCACGGUCGGUGUGGCGACGUCGCCUCGCGAGACGCUUCGGGAAGCUGAGGCUCCAGACACAAGCAAGGACGGCGCGAAGUUGAAGGAGGGGGCGCCGUCUGAGAAGGGCGGCAAGACCAAGCUCUUCAAACCCAAGUCGGAUAUCAACAUUGACGACGCCACCAGGGAGCGCGUCGCGCCGACGCUGGAGGACAUCGAGAAGAUGGGGCCCGUCGUGUUCAUGGAGGUGAAGCGGCACUGGAGUGAGAUGGCGUCCCGCGUGCACGCUGGUUUCAUGUCUACUGGGUCGGGCUACGUGUCUCAGCUCAGGGCCGCCAGCGACGCUGUGGGCACCGAGGCGCAGAAAGACCUUGACAUGCCGACCGACGAGCUGAUCAAGAGCAUCAGCAGUAUUGCGCAGGAGAUUCAGGAAGGUGUCGAGAGGCUCGGUGCUGACUGCAACAUGUCGAGCUUCGCAGAGAUUUCUGCUAGGCUUCAUUCCAAGAUAGACGAGAUCGAGAAGACGAAGAAGCAGGUGUAUACUCAGUUGGACGGCCUUCGGUAUCUCAACGAGAAGGGCGGACACGGCAAGCAGAUCGAGUACAUGAGCCACUACAACAAGCGCAUCAAGAUAAUGCGCAGGCUGAUGAAAUGCAAUUUCUCGAAGGAGCUCGCCGACAACAUCUCCAGGGCGAUCUACUCCAUGAGGGGGGGCGCCGAGAAGAAGUCCUUGGUCAGCGAGCCCUGCGCCAAGGGCGGCAAGCUGAAGAAACCUCUGCUGUUCCAGGGCUCCGUGGCACUGAAUGGCAGCAGCGUCGACCCCUUCAAGAUCACGGUGUGGAACGACCCAAAUUCUGAGGUGCACAAUGCGGUCUCCAGGAUGAUUCAGACUAACUCCGAGGCCAUCAAUAACAAGAUCAAGGUUCACGACACCUCAUUCGACACCACAGGCCAGAACUGGCUAGGCUGCCUGGGUCGCGUGACGAGCGACUGGGUGGUUACCGACGUGGAGGCGUUGGGCGACGGCUACUUCGAGCUUUGUACGGGUGGUGUAUCGCCGUGGUUGAUGACGAUCAAGGCCGAUUGCCCUCGCUGGGGUCCAGCGUCCGUUCCUCUCGUGGGCUUCGAGUGCAUGGUGAUUGCACGCACGAAGGAUACCCACAUCAUGUGCCACGAGGCGGCGACAGUGCUGCAGAACGGCGUGUCGCUCAAGGACUUCUUGAAGUUCGCGGAGACUGAAGAGGGCAGCAACGGCAUCCAAGGCUCGAAGAUUAUCUAUUUGAAGAUUGGUGAGAUUCUGCACGUGCCGAUGGGCACGAUGAUCAUGCCUUUGUACCACCCGCUGGAGCUCCAGCAGACCAAGAAGAUGCCGCUGAGCCAUCUCAUCGUGCUGCCGCUGCUCCACGCGGAGAACGCCAAGACGGCGGUCAGCCAGGAUGUGGCUCGUGCGAUUUCGAACUACAACACAGAGUACCUCGCGGCGCAGGCCGCGGGAUCAUCCAUGUACAAGGAGAGGGCAGCGGCGUUGGGCCGCUUCACAGAGAUGUUGGGCCUGUAG